CUUCAGAGGCAGUGCGACUUGGUUCCUGACCGUCUUACUACACGCGGACACCUCAGCCUGUCCAUCCUGAUAUCCACCCCUGGAACUAUACUGCACAGCCUUGUCAUCUGCGCAAUCUACCCGAUAAUCACCACCGACCCGCCUGAACUCCAGAGCCGUUGCCGGCACAAUGUCUGACAGUGACAAGACUUAUGGCUUCACGGCCCUUCCAGCCGAUCAAUCGCAAGACAAGCCCAGAACAACUAGCCCCGAGCCCAUGGCCGUCUCUUCGCUCCAGCCUCCAAACACACCGCUCGCGACACGCGUCGACGGCUAUGUUAAGUCCAAGCUCGAUGCUGACACUUACCGCCACAGUCUGCGCGUGUACUGCUACGGCUGCGCCAUAGCAAGGCAGUGCUUUCCCGAGUUUGAGCUCACGCAAGGCUCCAAACUGGACGAAACUUGGUUCUUGACCGCCAUGCUGCAUGAUAUUGGCACUUGCGACGAGUUUAUGACGAGUACUCGUCUGAGCUAUGAGUUCUUUGCCGGUGUCCAUGCCUUUGAUCUCCUGCAGAACCCCAAGGUCUCGGGCGGAGACGGCGUAGCGCCUCGAGAACAGGCCGAAAGUGUCGUGGAAGCCAUCAUCAGACACCAGGAUGUUCAGGACAAAGGGAAAGUGACUCUGGUCACCAGACUGAUCCAUUGGGGAACGCUGUUGGACAACAUUGGCGCCGGGAAAGAGUUGGUACACCCAGACACCAUUGAGAACGUGGUGAGAGCACACCCCCGCCCGGGAUGGAGUGGCUGCUUCAAGAGAACGGUUGAGAAGGAGAAGAAGUAUAAACCGUAUGCUAUGGUUAGCCGGAUUGAAGGAUUUGAAGAGCUCAUUGCCGGAAAUGGAGCCGCUGGAGGACUGAUGGCCAAAUAUGACUGAAUUAGUGGGAUGCAACCAUGACUGCGCGAAUUAGCUUUGACGAGACCAUUUCAAAUUA